AUGAAGAUCGUGCGCAAGGACUUGAUCCCCAACGGACCAGGCAGCAUCAAGGUGCGUCGAUCCAAUUCUUCUUCAUCUUCGUCUGGUUUGCUCUUUCUUGCGUUGCGGCCUACCUACUUACCUUUGGCAGCUGUCCUUUUACUCUAUUUAAAUUUCCAGAUAAUUCCGGAAGAAGAGGAUGACAUGUGGCACGCCUACAACCUGAUCAAUGUUGGGGAUUCAGUCAUGGCCGUUACAGUCAGGUACACCUCCGUUCAAUGUGGUCGUUCUUCUUCUCCCCUGGUUCUGUUUUUUUCAUUGUUUUCCGGCAAAUUUCUAUAUUGGUUGUUUCUAAUUCACGUAUCGCGUGGUAGUAGUAUUCGUGGAGAAUAUGAUCAACAAGAAUACCAAUAUGUGUUUAAAUGGUUGAGUGCUUCCAGAUCGAAACGUCAUCUAUUUUUUGCAGGCAGAUUGCCGAACGUCUAAUUUCAUAGAAGCUGGUAGAUUUUCCUGCGCAUCAUGUUGUUUAUCAGAAGGGGAGAAGUUCCCUUGUAGUGUGGUGCCACCCCAUCAGAUUUUCCGAUGGAAUGGCAUUUUCGUUUGAGGGUGGAAACAAUCCUUUUUCAUAAAACAGUCACAAAGGUAAAUGAUGUCGCUCAGAACAGAACGGGGAACUUAAGAAGUUCACAAUUGGGUUUUCUGCCCAUCUAACGUGACGAUACAAAAAGUAAGAGAGAAGUCAUUACAUAAUGUUUUCUCCAUCUGUAUACCGUGCCUGCUUGACAGAAUGACCGGUACUCCAAAAAUCUCAAUUUUUUGAAUCAAUUAAAGAUGGGAUUGAUCACCCUUUUAAUGAAGUUAUUGCUAAGAAUUUUUUGGUGAAACUUUCAUGAUGAAUCGUGGAAGGAUCUUCCAUCCAUAAAAACAAUAUGCUGUGGACGGAUAUCAUAUCAGCUACUCAACAGAUCAUUGAUGUCUGUUUAGUUAUGCACCUUGACAUAGUUAAAUGUAACCUUCCUCAUCACAUUAAUAAUUCCAUAGUUUGCAAGGAGAUAUCGAAAAUUUCUCAAGACAUGAAAACAGGCUUACCUAUGGCAGGGUAGAAAAUAGAAACGAUGCAGUUAGUAGUGUUAGGGGUGGCGAAAAUCUUACAUGAGUCAUUAACCCUUUGGGUUGAUUACAGAUUGUUUCUGGUUAUGGUCUGAGUGAUUUUCCUGAUACCUUUCUAAUGAUCGUUCUUGCCAGGAUUUGAUGGCUGAACCCGUUUUCUUAUGUGGAUCAGUUAAUUGGACGAAUUGAGACCCAAAGACGACUUAGCUAUAUUAAGGUUAAAACACUUGAAAUUGGAUAAAGCAUUUAUUGAAUAGUACAAGUUAGUGUCGAGAGACUUUCAAUGGGGUAGGGUACGAAUUGUGCUUCAAACUGGGCUGGUUGAGUUUUAACUUUGGAUAUUUGCUUGGGUAACCAUGGAAAGAUACUUGAAAUUUGUUGGAACUCUAGUGUAUUUUUUAAAGGGGAUUCACAGAGUUGCUUUACUUUGUAAGAUCCGACUAAAAAAAUAUAGCUAUUUCAACAAAUAUUUUUUAGAUAAAUUUACGCAUAUUUGUUACAAUUUUCAGUUUACAAAAGUUUUGGCCUUCAAAGAUAACAGAAAGAGCUGUCAGAUGAUGACACUUGUGGUGAAAUGAGUCCUAGGGAAGUGGGUGGUCCCUAUUUUUUCAAGUUAUUCCUUCUCCUCAGGGCAAUCUUUAAAGUAUAGCUUUUGGAAUUUUUCUGAAAAUUACAAUGUUUUCUUGCUGCUUCUCUCCCGGAAUGCUCCUCUGCAUGCCUCAGGGACCCAGUACAGCCUCCACCUGAAGUUGCAUCUGCCAUGCCUUUUUGCUUUGUAUGUUGGCAAACUCGGCUGGAAAGAAGUUUUCCUUUACUAUGAAUCAUGCUCUAUUUACUAGGGUCAAAAUAUUGUCCCAAAAGCUCUUGGAUGAUUAAACUUUUGAACAAUUUGUUGAUUAUUCUUGUAUCCUUUACUGCUUUGUCCUGCUAUUCUAGGAAAGUUAUGAGGGAGAUGGCAUCUGGUGGACGUGAUGCUGAGCGUGUCAAGUUGAAGUUAGAAAUAAAAGUUGAGGUAGGAUACACCAGAAAAUAAGGUGGUCUACCUUAUAUUUAAUUGUGACAUUUUAUCUGCAUAUAUGCAUACAUCCCAAAACCAAGGAUAUUGAACUUAUACUUUUUCACUGAUCACUUCUGUCUCCUUUUAUAUCUAAACACACAUCCACGCAUACCUACCUUUUCUUUUCUAUAAUGCUUUUUAUUGUAUAAUAGUUUUGAUGUUCGAAUGGAAAGCUAUUAUAAUGUAACUUGUAUCCAAUAGGACUUAGUUUAAUCGCUAUUAAGAUGAGUUUAUCAUUUAACCAAACAUAUCUAGGGACAUUAUUUGUGUACCUGGGUAUAACAUUGCUAUAUUCCCUUAUUACACAUAUAUGCGUGCACAUGGAUAUAUUUGGAAAGUUUGCUAUGAUGUUUCUUUGGGAGCUUCUUUCAUGACUCUGAACUGGCUUUGCUUUCUGAAGCGGUAAGGCAUAUGAAAGUCAGACAACUUCAGAGCUGCCCUUCAUGACUGAGUUGAUGGAUACUUUUCGGUUAUUAAUGGUUUGGGUAAUGAGGGUUUAAACAGCGGUCAGGUGUGAAUACAUUGCAGGAGCUUUACACUCCUAUCUCUGCAACCUGACAAACCAUCAUUAGGUGUCCGAAUUCUGUUGUUUAUUGCCCCACAUUUCAAGAUGAUGUCCGCAUCCAAUAGCAUUUACUGAGUACUUUGAUAUUAAAUGAAUGCUUCAUCCUAUCCACUUCAUGAAGGAACAAACAAUGUUGAUUUUGGAUAUGCAUAUGUAAAUUUAAAUUAAGCAGGCAGGCCUUAGACUGCUAUUAAAAUUCAUUGAGGCAGAAGAUUGAUAGACAUGAAAUAUUUCUCAAAUGUUAAGAGUAGCUUGAAAAAUUUUCUUCAGCUUAGACCAACUGAAAUGAAGAGAAGAGAGACCCAGAUUUUAUUCUUUACUAGGUAGGGAAUAGGAGGAUACAAGAAUGCUAUGAUACUUCGUAUGAUGGACUUUAUAGAAUAUUGAAAGUGGUAUUGUGAAGGAAUAGGCUUGGUCUGUGGUGCAUAGGAAAAAGGUAAUGUCGAGUACUUUUCAGUGGAGAGAGUAUUGUAUCUUUUUUGUGGAGUGCAAAGAUGUGUCAUAUACUCUUAAUAUUUGGGUUGAUGACUGAGGAAACAGUCUAUCCUCUGACAGCCAGCAAUGUAUCCAUUGGUAUUGCAUGUUGGUUUUUCUUUUACUCUGAGUCAUCUUCUCUCGCAAGUUUUGGAAUUCUUUCUAUUAGCUCUUUAUAGGCUUAUAAACUACACUUGACUUCAAGUCGUUCAAAACCCACACGUAGGAUCUUAAGAGGGAGAUUUUUUAUCUGAGUCUUGACACAAUGUGUAGCCAGAAUCGAUUGCAUUCUUAAUCUGGUUAUGACCUGCUUUUGGUCUUCAAAUAAGUCCAAACGACAGUUUUCUCUUAGUAUCAUUGACGAAUAUCAAAUGACUCUACACUUUUCAUUUUUAUACCUUCAAGAAAAAAUGAUGGUAACGGAUGAUGUGUAUGAUCUUAUAGAAGUGUUUGACUAAUUAUAAAGCUCUCAAAUGCUUGAUGAAAAUGUACCAUAGCUGUCUGCUUUAAAGCAGUUGUUUUCUUUUUCUUUCAGGCUGUUGAUUACGACAAAGAGGGGUCUGUCUUACGUAUACGUGGCAAGAAUAUAUUGGAGAACGAAUAUGUGAAGGUAGAUAUUUUGCUACAUAUGAUUUUACACUUUACUAGUGCUUAAUAAUGGUAUAAUCAAUUUAUAGCUGAUUGCAGAUUGGACAGUUCCAUACACUCGAAAUUGAGCCACAUCGACCAUUUGUUAUAAGAAAAGUAUGUUCAUGAAUUCUGUGUUAUUUCUCAAUACAACAUCACACUUUUCAUUCUGACCCAUAAUAUCUGUUGCGUAUCAAUCUUUCAUUUUCUUCUGUUUCAGCUGAAACGAAGGAAUUUCAUUUUUCAUUCAAUUGUUGAAUUUAUAUCGCCUUUUACAUAUAGCUCAUCAUUGUGCAUUCAGCUCAGUUUAUUAUGAAAUAUUUAUGUGGUUCUAAUAGAUUCAGCUCUAUAAACAUUAUAGGAUGUUUGGGACUCAUUGGCAUUGGAUAUACUUAAGCAAGCAUGUGGUAUGUCUCUUUUCUCUUAAACUUGGUAAUUUUUUGUGGUUUUUGAAGUGUAUUUGAAGAAUCAAUUUUUAUCUUAGAAAAUGGCAUAGCGGAGAUAUGGAGAUGGAUACAGAUGGCAUACAAAAUUCUAUCAGACAUUUUUUUUUCAUCUUCUAUUGUAUCUUUUUUUUAAUGUGACGGUAAUGGAAUGGCCAUAUUUCAAAUGACGAAACAAUCAUGAACUUGAAAAGUGGGCCUAUGAGAAAACUGACCAAGUUCUAAAGCAUAUUCAUUUCAUUAUUUCUUCAUUGAUUUUAAAACACAUCAAGAAGAUUUUACAACGUUUUUCAGAAUAUUUCACUUCCUUCCUCAAACACACUAAAACUCAAAAUCACAUUUUGAUUUUUGCUAGCUUAUCUUGAUAGUCUUGACGAUUUACCUGUUGAUUUGUAUUAUAUAUGUCAGCUAUUUGCUGGGAUGAAGUAGUUUGGACAAGUGUUCCAAAUUUUCCCUUUAGAAGCGUGGGACAAAAAAUUACAGCAAAGCUUUCCUUGGGUGGGGUGAGGUUCAGAAACAGAGCAUACAUUCCCUACUCACAUCAAAAGACUAAAGGCCCCUACUCCUCGCAGUUCUCCCUUUAACACCAACGGUUGAUAGGAACCGAACUAUACAUUUAUGUGCAUGCACAUCAUAUUGUGCAUGAACUGGUGCUUGGGGUGUGAAUUGUUUAUGGGAAAUGGAUCAUUUGAAUCAGUUGUUGAAGAUCCCAGCAUCAAGUUUUCGUUGUUUGUGGGAAUACUCCAUAAAAUGUUUGAAAGUGCAAAUGAGGAUUGACGAAUGAGACAUGUUGUAACUUUCCCUCUGUAGAAACAUAUUACUUUUCCAAGUAGUUUAUUCAACGGGCAACAAAGGGAAAGAUAGGACAAGAUUGUGCCUGCGGUUUUCUGAUUUGGAAAGGAAAUUCAUUUAUUGUAGACGAUUAAAAAUAUUACAGUAUAAAAAUCUUGUUUAAACAGGAGCCUGUGAUGCAAACAGGGCAAACAAACUAUACUCAAGUCGUAUGCUUGGCAUAAGAUUUUUCUUGGGCUGUUUUAUUCUUGGACACGACUCAUUUAAAUCGGCUGUGUUUCUAAAUUUCUAUCCACUAUGUCAACUCGACUCUAUCUCACCCAUUCUGCACUGAUAUGGCUGGGAGUAUGGAAGUAACUGUGUGAAUGCCUGCCUGCAUGAUGUAUGUAUUUUUUUUGGUGCUCUGACUGGACCUGUAUUGUGUUUCAGAUCCUGCUGCAAGUGCUGAUCUAGCAGUAAUACUGAUGCAAGAGGGCUUGGCACAGAUUUUUCUUAUUGGCAGAAGGUACAAAUGUCAUUGAUGAGAUUUCAAAGCUAUGAUAUUUUGGAUUGAAUGUUAUAUAUUGUCUUUAAUUUUAUCCGAUAUCAAUUUCAUUUUCUCUUGCUGUUAUCUCCUUGUGCAGACAUAGAGAUGCAAUUUACUUUCCAAGCACCCAAAAAAAAAAAGGGAAAUCAUAUUUCUAUUAGGACGACCAGUUUAAUAGAGGCUUUCAUUCAGGGGAUUGGAUGGCCAUGACCACUUAUUAAGAUGCCCUUGCCUCUGACAGAGUAUAAAAUCUUCAAAAAAAUUGAAAGAAGAUAGUAUGAAAUGCUUGAGAGUAACUUGAUUAGUUACUUUGUCAUCCUGAUUCUUGCAGAAAUGACUAUGGCAUAAUCAUUUGAGAUUCAACUUUUCUGCUGUUUCUUUCCCAUCGCGAAAUAAAACAAUAAAAUUGUCACAAGCAUCUAUAUAUUCUUAUAUGCUUUAAUAUAAAACACUGAAAAUAUUGAAAUAGAUCUCAAAAUUCCUGUACUUGAAACGAACACUUUGACAGUAUACAAUGGCACAGAUGGUAUUGAACUCUCUAGGAUUGUUUUUCUUUUCUAUCUGUUUCUUUUCACUGUAUUUUCGUCCUUCUCUGUCAUUCCCUAUGUUAAGUGGAUCCAUUAGACUGUUAACGGAUCCACUUAAAGUCUAAUGUAAUGGGCCUGGCCCAUUAACUCAUGUGACCUGUACUUAAGUGGGAAACCAAGAUAAUUGAUGUGAGAUUUCGGGAUUGUGGAAACUCUGCUCCAAGAAGUGGUGACUGAUUCAUCUUCCUGGAAGAGGAGGAUCGUGAAGAUCGACUCCUUUCAUUCUCCAAGUUGCAAGAAUCUCAGUCAAGAUCAAUUCUCAACAGAUGGUUCAUUGUAGGAUUCAUAUCUAAUUCAUACCUAAUGCGAGUGUAUUGGUAAAACAGUCUCCCAUCAUAAAGUGCUUUUUCUUUACCAAUGUGGCAUCUCUAGCAUAAUCGUGAGUAAUUUCAUAAUAUUCCUAUUCUAAUGUUGUCGACAAAGUUUUAGCUGACAUCAAUUGUUAAGCUUGUGGAUUACAUUGCACUUACUUUUUACUCAAUCCAUUCUAUGUCAUUCCAUGGGUCUUUAUAUGUCACGGAUUUUUAGCUCCCAUUUAUUAACUCUUUUUAUUUUAAUUAUUUUCGUGAAUGGUUGACACGAAAAAUCUCCUUAAACAGUAUUACAACAACUCGCUCACGGAUAGAGUCUUCAAUUCCUCGGAAGCACGGUCCUGCUAUUGCUGGUUACGAAACAGUACGCUUCUGCAUGUUAAGCUGCCACUAUCUUAUUUAUAUUAAUCCUGAUAAUUCUUUUAUUCUUCCAGGCCUUAAAGAAGUUUUUCGAGAAUGUUCUACAGGUGAACUAUUCUUACAUUCCCGUGAUCUCAUUCUUCUUUUGUUAUGUGCUGUUAGUUUUGUGUUUGCUUAACUAAUCUACACUCUUGUUUUGUGUGAGACUUGUACUGGGCUAAAAAUGUUUUGCAAUUCUCAGGCUUUCCUGAAGCAUCUUGACUUCAAGGUUGUUCAAUGUGCAGUGAUUGCAAGCCCUGGCUUCACCAAGGUCCGUUCAACUAGUGAUUUAAUGAUGUUGUUUGCCAUUUGUAUACAGUGAAAGCCUUGCGCAGGGGAUAGAUUAUUUAGCUAGCAUCCAUAUGUAUCACUAAAUAAUACAAAAAUAUGAGUUAACACUUUUAUUUCAGAUAAGUUACAAGAUAGGUGAGCUUCCACGUAGAAGAACUGAGAAACCAUUGUCUCCAAAGUAUAUGAUAUAACUGUAAACGAACGACUGGGUUUAUAAGUGAAACUGUCUUUUUUCUACUUUCCUGUAAAACUGUAAACGGACACAUGGGCAUCACUGUUACUCUAUAAUUAGUUGAGUUGAAUAAGAAACCCCUUGAGAAUAGCGGGCUGAGUAGGUCUCAGAAAGUUCUCAAAAACAGCCCCCAAACAAUUGUGGUCUUCGUGCAUCCCCUUUCUUCCUCCUCUCAUCAUCUUUUGCCUGAUUUUCUCUAAGAUCUUCAUUUAAUGUGAAUAGUUGUGGUCGAAUUUCAUUCUGAUCGUAAGCAUUCUGGAUAUGGAAAACGACUUAAAAUUUCAAAAUCUAUUAUUUCACCAUGAAUUUAUAAAUCCAGUUUCUUCCCCGGGUAAUGGGUGCUGGACAUCUCAGGAUAGUUGAAUGAUAUCUUACCCAUUUAGUUACUUUUUUCGUGUGAUUGUGCUCUCAUUUCGGGAGGAUUGGUCGUAUGGGAACUCUCCCUUCCUGUUUUGGGAGGAUCCACAGUAAGGGUAGGAGAAUUUUUGAUCCAAAUGGAAUACAAGGAUGUCGGAGCCUUGAAUUUAGGAGAUAUACCCAAGGAAGAAACAAGGCUGAUGAUAGAUCUCCCAGUUCUCCUCAUCUUAGUAAUUGCUGCAUAGAUUAUAAACCUAAUUCAUGAAACUCAAAAUGAGUACGUGGAAAUUUUCAAUUUAGAUGUUCAUUGUCUCAUUAUUCAUGACUUGGGCAUCAAACAUCAUGCGAACCCUUGAAAGCGAGAUGUUUCAUCGGGGGAGUUUCACAUGGCUACCUCCCCUCAUGUGAUUAGAUAUGGCACCUAGGCAACAUUAGUACCUCUUGCUGCCUAUAUGGAGUUGAGGAAGAGGCGGACCAUUUAUUCUCUAGGUGCUCCUUCACUAAGCAAAUUUAGCCAUGAUUUUGCAUAAUGACUUGUAUUCGCAUCUGCAUUCUAACAUAUCUGAGUGCACCAUGGGGAAGACGGGAAUACAGAUGGAAACCAAGGAGUAUCUCGUAGUGUCGGGGUUCAUACUUAAUGCAACCCAUUUAGGCCAUUUGUCAAUAACCGAAAAGCCAUGUUUUUGGGCAUAGGAGCUACUGGAUGGAUUGAUUGUGCCAUUUUAUCGUUGCUAAUGUGGAAGAGUGUGGAAGGAUUGCUUGUAAUGGGAUACUAAACAACUUUUCCGUUUAAAGGCUUUUGAACUGUGAUAGCAUGCACUCCUUUUGUGUAUGCUUCUCGGACAUGUACAUAUUGUAUUUAUCUCUUUAUAUAAAUGAUUAUGUGGCACAGUAAAGUUUUAGAAAAAUAAUUUUUAUAAUAACACUUCUAACAAUAAAAACUUAUACAAUUAAUUUGUUAAGUCUUGGAGGAAGUGUCCAAUUUCGUGCUCUUCGUAUAUUUGUUAACAUUGUGGAACUUUAUGACUUUUUUUUUUCUCAAAACGAGUCUAUUGAUGGUGUCCUUCAGGAUCAGUUCCGUGACUAUAUGCUCUUAGAGGCGGAGCGUCGACAACUGAGAUCGAUCAUUGAGAACAAAUCUCGUAUAAUUCUUGCACAUUCGACCUCAGGAUAUAAGUACGUUUCGUUUCUGUUUAUUGAUAAUUCUUGGGUGACACUUCCAGCAUUAUUUUGUGAUAUGUAUUUCAAUGCGAGUAAGUUAGUUUUGUUUUUUCUGCUUCCUUUAAACUUGUUAUGUGAUUUUCUUCUGAAAAUCUAUGUUUCCAAACGGUUUUUUUUUACCCAUCUUGAUGAAACAGAAUGCUAACUAAGGUUAAAGUGAGAAUAUAGAAGGAUGUAUUUUCUUUCUUACGAUAUUCCCUAAACCCAUUCAUCAAGAAAAGUUUACGUUGUCUCAUAAUUGCUGGUGUUUGUAUGAUCCUACUUACUGUCUGACCGUUCCCUGUUGAUACACCCACUACCGGCGAGGCUGAACUGCAGCUGCCACCUUCUCGCCAUGAGGCCAAUAUGACACCUCUCGCAUGACACCUGACCCAAACACAACCAUAAUUUCCCAUCAUUUUCUAUUUACAUUUUAAAAAAUCCUGCUGCCGUCUGACAUGAGUGCUCUCUCUCUCUCUUAAUAAACACCCCCGGCCACAUAUCUUAUGUAGACCUUUGGGCAUUACCAUCUCUAAGAUAAUGCACACGCUUAUCUUCUGGGAGAAUAUUUCUCAAGGUUAUUACUUCCCAAUCAUCUAUUCACGUUAAUGUUUGUGGUGCAGGCAUAGCUUGAAAGAAGUUUUGGACGUUCCAAGUGUUAUGGCUUUGAUAAAAGACACAAAAGCUGCACAAGAGGUACCGCUUAAGUAAUUUAACUUGAUAUCGUACUCCAUUUCUUUACUUUUGCUUUCUUUUCGGCUAUCUUUUUUAGAACAGCUGAAACUGUAUUCUUCUUGCUGUAGGUUCGAGCUCUCAAGGACUUUUUCAGCAUGCUUUCAAAUGUUAGUAUGAUCUCAAUAUGAUUCCUAGUUUACAUUAAUAAAUUCCUUUUUAAGGUUUUUUAACAGCUUUGUGUGCGAACUGUUAUGUGAAGUUUGUAAGCUGGCAUCUUGUAGUGUAUCCUGCCCGAUCUUUAGAAAAUUUUAUGCUAUAGAGCAAUGAAAAAUUACCUACCUCAGAUGCAGAGAGGUAUAUCUGCAUCUUUUUGUCUCACAAGAUGUACGAUGGACAUUUAUGUGUACUCAGCCGUGUAACAUCUAGAAUGUUGUUAUUAUCUAGUAAGUAUGUUUUUUUGUCUUUUAUGUUCUAUUUAAUAUCACCAUAAAAUAUCCAAAUGCUUUCCUAGGUGCACUAGGUACCAUAUAUCAUUUUAUUAUUUUUGGAUAAAAAUUAUACUUAUAGUGGCUUCUUGACACGCUUCCAUCAGUUUGAUCUUUGAACAAAUUUCUAUUUGGUUUUAGAUCUUUUCCUUCUGUAGUGUCUCCUAAAGGCUUGUUUCUUGUUUAGGAUCCAAGCCGUGCCUGUUAUGGGCCUAAGCAUGUUGAGGUUGCCCAUGAACGGAUGGCCGUCCAGACCCUUUUAAUAACUGAUAGCCUUUUGAGGUAAUUUCCAGAUGUUUUCUUUGGGGUUUUCCUCACAAAAUGUUGCUUUCAGGUUGAAUCUUUGAUAUUUAUCCUACAACUCUUUCUUGAUCUGUUGGAUUACGCCCAGGAAAAAUCUCAGAAAAAAAAGAAAAAUGUUUUCCUCAAGUUGCAGGAUUGUACAACUGUGGAGAGAGUCUCCUAUGCUUAAGUCAUGUGUAGCCUUUUGUGUUAUGAAAUUGGAGAUAUCCUCAGAUGAUCCUAGCAUGGGUUUGAGUCUGUUGUUUCUCCUAAUAAAAAAACAUGCAUAUUCGCUUAUUAUAUGAAAAAAGGUGAUGAAUUUAUCAAUGAUCUGCCGGUUCCAUUCUGCGGAUUGUCACCAGGUGCCUUUCUUGCUCCCCAUGCAUGUUUUCAUGAGUGACUACUGCAUAUUGACUAAUUUAAGAACGCUACGAUGGGAAGUUUUUAGCAUUUUGAUAGAAGAAUUCAUAAAUUCUGUUACGAGGUAUAAGCAAAAUGAUCAACCCGCUUGACUUGCAGAUGCCCCCCCUUUAGUUUGAGGCUAAAAUUACUAUUUUUUUUUGUCUUGGAUCGUACUUAAGACCAAGCUUUGUCCCCAGUAGGUAGACAGCAUGAAUGUAACGUGAUAGGGCUUCCCGGACUGCUUUGAUGGGAAUUUCUGGUUCUUGUUCUAGUCUUCUCCUAAUCUAUGUAUAAGGCCAGAGCCAAAGUUUCAUUCUCACAACCUAAAAUUUUAUUUUUUAUAUUUUUUAUUUUGUUUUCUCAUCAACCCCUCAUUUUUUAUGCAUGUUUUUUGUUUUCUCCUAAUAAAAAAACAUGCAUAUUCGCUUAUUUAUGUGAAAAUCACCGACCCCUCAUUUUUCUUUUCGUUUUGUGCUUGAGGUAACUGGGUAGUAGUCAUCAUCAUAAUAUUUUACUAGCAAUCAGAAGCCAGCCUUUCAUUUGGCUGUCUACCCCCCCCUCUAUAUGUAUCAAUCUGUAUCUUGCAGGUUUGGACUUGUAUGAAGAGAAAAAGAAGAAGAAAAAAAUGCUUUCUUUAAUCCCACAGAACAGAGAAAUCUGAAGGUUUUGUCAUGGCCUUCCCGCAGAAAUUCCGAUGUGGAGACGAGGAAGAAGUACGUUAAUUUUGUGGACUCGGUCAAAGGUUCUGGGGGCGCUGCACAUAUUUUUUCUUCCAUGCAUGUCUCUGGAGAACGUAAGCGUUGACCUCCUGGGCGUGUGAUUUCCCGAAUAUCUUCAUUAAUCUCUCUCCGCUUUCAUUCCAAAGGUCGGCAAAAACAGCUUCCCCUCCUCACAUGGUUGCUUCGUUGCCUUCCCUUUUGAGCAGAACUGGCACAGAUAACAGGAAUCGCAGCCAUCCUCCGCUUCCCCUUACCAGAUUUAGAAGACAUCGAAAUGUGA